UUUAAAUAAAGGAAAAAGACAGGAAUUGGGAAAAAAGGGUAUUUUUGGUAUGAAAGAGCUAUUAAGAUUAUGUAUUUUAUUGGUGAUUACUGGUAUUGCAAGAUUGAGUAAAAAUACUGGAGUAUAUGCGUCAGUAAAAGAUGAAGAAAUAACAGAGAAACGGCCCACUUUUAAGGCGAUUAAUCUGAAAAACGCGGGAUUUUUAGAGCAAUUUACGGAGAAUUGGAAGGAAAGAUGGACAGUAUCAUCAGCACUUAGACGUGUAGAUGGAAAUGAUACGUUUUUCUAUGUUGGAAAGUGGAAGGUUGAAGAGCCUCGUGUACAUAAGGGAAUUAUAGGUGAUAAGGGUUUGGUACUUAAGAAUGAGGCGGCUCAUCAUGCUAUUUCGGCGAAAUUUGAUAAACCAAUAAAUAAUAAAGGGAAAACAUUAGUAAUUCAAUAUGAAGUUAUGUUUCAAAAUAGAUUGGAGUGUGGAGGAGCAUAUUUGAAACUUAUAACAGAAUCGAGUGAGGAUAUUCAUCAUAAGGAGUUUAGCGAUAAAACACCAUACACGAUUAUGUUUGGACCGGACAAAUGUGGUGUGACGAAUAAGGUGCAUUUUAUUUUUCGGCAUAAAAACCCAAUUACGGACGAAUAUGAGGAAAAACAUCUUAGAUCACCACCUGCUAUUGAUGAUUCUAAAUAUACGACGCUUUAUACAUUGAUAGUUAGGCCUGAUCAGUCAUACGAAGUUCGUAUUAACAACAAAGUUUCCAAAAGUGGGAAUUUGUUGACUGAUUUUGAACCCCCGGUAAAUCCGGAGAAGUUUAUUGUCGAUCCUCUUGAUAAGAAGCCCGAUGAUUGGGUUGAUCAGGCUAAAAUUCCAGAUCCAAAUGCAAAAAAGCCAGACGAUUGGGAUGAAAAUGAACCUUAUGAAAUUCUCAAUACAGAUGCCGUAAAGCCGACUGACUGGCUUGAAGAUGAGCCAUCGAUGAUUCCAGAUCCGGAUGUUAAACCUCCGGAAGAAUGGAAUGAAGAAGAUGGUGAAUUUAUUGCGCCUUUGAUACCAAAUCCUUUAUGUAAAGAAGCAUCCGGAUGUGGUCCUUUUAAGCCAAUGAUUCGAAAUCCUAAAUAUAAAGGAAAAUGGAGGCCACCUCUUAUUAAUAAUCCUAAAUAUGUUGGUGAAUGGAAACCACGUAAUAUUCCUAAUCCUGCGUAUUUCGAAGAUAAUUCCCCUUCUGAUUUUGAAACAAUUGUUGGAGUUGGUUUUGAGCUUUGGACAAUGCAAAGUGAUAUUUUGUUUGAUAAUAUUUAUAUUGGACAUUCUGUAGAAGAGGCUGAGCAGCUUGCCAAGAAUACUUUUCAAGUAAAAUACGAGUUUGAGAGGAAGGAAGAAAAAGAGGUUCCUCCUGCACCGGAAACAGUAUUAAAUAAUGUUCCAAAAGAGACAUAUUUUGAUACUGCUAUAAGAAGAGUUGUUACGUUUGUUGAUUUAGCAAAAACUAGUCCCGUUUCGGCUAUUAAACAAAUGCCAGGGACAGCAUCUACCAUAGGAGUUGUAUUUGUCACUUUUAUAGCUCUUUUGUUUGGGUUGGUUACUUUGGUUUCCUCAGGACAUACUUCAACAGCUGGGUCAGAGAAAGUAAAAGGUGGUCAUUCAAAAUCUAAUAAAGCUUCGAAAGAUGAUCAUUCAAAAUCAGAUGAGGCUGUGAAAGAUGACUUGUCUGAGGAUGCUCACAAUUCUUCAGAGCAAGUUAUAUCUAAAAAACGUUCGACUCGACGUACUGAAUAACUUUGGACUUUGCUUUCUAGAAAUAAAUGUCUAUUUUAGAUUAAUA